ACGGAGACGAGUAGCCACUGGGAAUCACCGGCGAGAGGAUAUCACUGUGGAUUUUCCUGACGGUUCCUAGGACCCGGCCGUAGAUCGUCCUCCACGCCGCUGCGAAUUCCUUCUGCAUGAUUCCCGUACGACCUGUAGACGUCGCGUACGGUGCGAGAGACAGUCGGUAGCCAAGAGGAUGUAGGCCCGUAGCUGGGCCCCGGCUGUUGCGUCUCUACGACGAAAGAGAACACGAAUCAUACAAGUCAGGACGAUGAUGACGCGCGCGGUACAGGGAAGAGGAAUCGACCGAGGAAAGUACAGGUCAGCCUGAGAGGGAGAGAGAGAGAGAGAAAAAAGAGAAAGGGACGAGGGAGAUCCUCUCCGCGCCCGGAUGUUAUCGCGGAACGCCGAGACUGAUAAAAACACUGCCAGGAGUAAUGACGAGCUAGAUCGCUGCUCCGUCCGCUGAACCGUUCCAUCAGCCGAUCUUAGCUUUCGCUCCUCACUAACUGCCCCUUUACCUGCCUUUUUCCAACCCCCCUUGCCUUCAUCGUACACACACGUGCAUUAAUAUACACAUCACUCCUCUAUCUAACCGCGUUCGAGAUCAAAGACUGAAAAUAAAAGGUGGCGACAUGUUGGGCGUGAGUCAGCCGGGCAACACGCCCUCGAGCUUGCGGCACUCGGCGAGCUUCUCAUGCUUGCAACGUGGUACCGCCGGCGAGGGUCAUCGCGCGAGGACCUCGACGCUGCUGCAACAGCCGGAUCUGCAGCUGAGCAACGGUCAUCAUCAGUACACGUCCGGCGGCCAGGCGGCGGCCGCUCAUUGCUCCCUGCUUCAGCAUCAGCAACAAUCCCGCGAGCCGCUCGAUUCCGUCGUUCAAGACGGCAACGAUUACGGCUUCGUGAGGAUCCGACCGCGGCUGCGCAGCACGAACGCGACCUUGUACCACGAAGAGGAGGUGGCGGCCGCGAAGAACGCCCUGCGGGAGCAGCGCGACGCCGCUGCGUUCAGCGACCGCGAGUGCGACUCCAACUUCAGGGACUGCCCGCUCAAGGUCAAGGACCGCGAUCUCUCACCGAAGGGAACGGGGAAGAAUCAUCAGAAUCCCCUGCGGGGUGCGUUGAUCCUAUUCACUUCGACGUCGUCCUGGUGGAAGGCUCGACAGCGGGAGGAACAGCUGAACGGCUCCGCCGCGAUCAGCGCGCCGUCAUCGGAGCGCAAGUGGUCCAGCACGUCGAUGGCGUCGCCAUCGAACGAGAGGAAGUGGCCGUCGUCGAUGACGUCGCCCACGAAUGAGCGCAAGUGGUCUGUGGGUAACAGUCUGCUGACGUCGCCGUCGAACGAGAGGAAGUGGAGAUCCUCGGUCUCGUCCACGUCGACCAGCCAACAGGACCGGAAGUGGCGGUCCCUCGGCGCACUUUUGAGGGCUCCGGCUACUGGCAGCGGCGGCGGUGACUCACACGCCAGCCAGAACUCUCUGUCGCACAACAUGAGCGUAUCCAUGAUCGAGGGCGAGCACUACCGCGAACCGGAAUCGCGCGGCUCAAGUUGCAAGGCGCGCUACCAGCAGCCGACGUCGUAUUCGGCGCGAGUCUCCCGGGUCAGCAGAGACGUUUACCGAGAGAACGGUGAAUUCGGUCACGCCACCGGCAGAACCAAGGUCAGCCGCAGGCUGUACCAGGACGGCGAGUCAGCGAUCGACCGCGAGCUCGACGACAGACACGUGCCGGCACGCAGCCGGCAUCACCUGGACGAUGGACCCGAGCAUUGCAGGAGUAUUCGGGAGGCAGCUCGCGAGCUCUGUAGAGCCGCGGAGCAGCAGAACGUGGACAUCCGCGGCGCGACUCGGUCGUGGCGCGCUCAGAGCUUCUACCUGCUGGAUGACUUUCUGCGGCCGCAGCCGCAGCAACCGAGCAACAAGUGCAUGCUGAAUCUGUACGUGUCGCCGUCGCAUGCCGGCGGCAGCAAGUGCGGCAAUGCCAACGAGCACGGCAGAUCAUGCGACGCCGCAAGGCAGACGACCUGCCAGCAGCAGACGAACGCCACCGGCAGCAGCAACAUUACGCCGCCACGACGCCACAAUUCGAGCUCGGACAGCCUCGAGGUGGCCACCAGUCCGUUGCCACCGCCGGUACCACCGGCGCCGCCGCAAGCUGCCGGUAAUGUACGGGAUCGCGAGCGGAAUGAGAACCUGAAGGAGACCACGAGUAAGGACGUGUGCCCGUGCAAAGUGUGCUGGACCAAUAUGCAGAGAUCCGUCGUGGAGAGUCCUGGAACGUUGCACAAAGAUGUCAGCGGCGCUGGUACGAAGGUCAGCGAGAAAACGGUCGGUGGUGUCGGCACGGCGACCCUCACCACGCUCUCAUCCAUUAAUAACGCAUCCAACACCGGCCGUAACAAAAACAACCCCGUAUCUCACGAGAAAUUGCCGUCUUUCUUCAACACCAAGCCGACGCGGUUGGAUAAAUCAGACAACAACAAUGCUAACAACUCCAACAACACGAGCAAUAACAUCCACAAUAUGCCGCUGCACGAGCCCAUCAGCGCUACUUCCCACGAGGUGUACGCCGGGAGAUUGCCAAUGACGCCCCAGGAAGCGGUGAAGUAUUACGGCUCCAGGCUGACGGAGUUCGAGCGCGCCGAGAUCGAGAAGUACUCGGAGAUCUGGUAUCUAGGCCUGUCAGCUCACAAGAUCCACGGCGAGGAGGUCUCCUCCCAGAACGGCGGCUACGACGAUGAGAACGGCAGUUACAACAAGGUCCUGCACGAUCACAUCUCCUACAGAUACGAGAUACUGGAGGUAAUCGGGAAGGGAAGCUUCGGCCAAGUGAUACGGGCGCUGGAUCACAAAACGGGACAGCACAUCGCUAUCAAGAUCAUCAGGAACAAAAAGAGAUUCCAUCAUCAGGCGCUCAUCGAAGUCAGGAUCUUGGAGCACCUGAGGAAGAAGGAUCUCGAAAUGAACUCGCAGCACAAUGUGAUACACAUGCUAGAAUAUUUUUACUUCAGGAAUCACCUGUGUAUCAGUUUCGAACUAAUGAGCUUGAAUCUGUACGAGCUAAUCAAAAAGAACAAUUAUCAAGGAUUCAGCCUGAGUCUGAUCCGCCGUUUCGCCAACUCGCUAAUUAGCUGCCUGAGACUGCUCUACCGGGAGAAUAUUAUUCACUGCGACUUGAAACCGGAAAACGUGUUGCUGAAGCAACGGGGAAGCAGCCUGAUCAAAGUCAUCGAUUUCGGCUCGUCGUGCUACAGCCACCAACGCGUCUAUACGUAUAUACAGUCGAGGUUUUACAGGAGCCCGGAAGUGAUCCUCGGUCUUCCGUACGGAACGCCGAUCGAUAUGUGGAGUUUGGGCUGUAUCUUGGCCGAGCUCUACACGGGUUACCCACUAUUUCCGGGCGAAGAUGAGAUAGAACAGCUUGCAUGCAUCAUGGAGGUCCUCGGUCUGCCGCCGGAGCACAUAAUCAGCCAUGCAUCCCGUCGCAGGCUCUUCUUCGAUCAGAAAGGGAGUCCGCGAUGCGUGACAAAUAGUAAGGGCAAGAAGCGAUGGGCAGGCAGCAAGAACUUGUCAAUGGCCCUUCGGUGCUCAGACAUGCUCUUCGUGAACUUUGUUAGCAGAUGCCUCGAGUGGGAUCCAAAGAAGCGUAUGACCCCCGACGAGGCGAUGCGUCACGAAUGGCUGACCUCGUCGUCCUCUUCGCACGUGAGCUCCUCGUCGUCGGCGAUAGCGUCGUCGACGGUGAACGCGAGCGCGAACACGACGGCGACGGGCGUGGAGACGUCGCGAGAGUCCGCGCACGCGGCGCAGACCGUCAGCGUGACCGUGAGCGCGCCGCGGCAACGGGCAACGACGAUGGAGGACCCACCAUACACGAUGUAUCGGCUGUACAAGGGCCGCAAGUACGUGCAAAAAGUAUCCACCGGCGCCGACAGCACCGACGGCAGCGGCGGUGGAGGCUUGAUGGUGAAGAGCAAACUGAACGGCAGCGCGAGCAGUCACGCCCUGGCGAGCAGCACGCAGACAGCGACGUCGAGGCACGCAUCGACCGGCGACAUCGUCGCGAGCUUGGACCCGAAUCUCGAUGAUUCGGGCACGUUCUUGCCGCCGAUAUUGUGAAGUCGGGUUUGCGCCAGCCACUUCUAAACGCGCUACGAGCCUCGCGCGCCGGCGCGACUGGCCGCUCGCUCUCGCAUCGCAGCAAGUAGCGAAUGGAUGUGUGCGUUUCUCAUCGUGCAUGCAGCUGAGAGCGGACGCGAUUGAACGAACGGCGCGUGUAGAACUGGCUGGCCCGGCCGACCUUUAUCGUUCCUCGAUGCCAACGGCUAGACAACACACACUAGAGUCCGCCGGUCUCGACCGAUGCAUCGAGCUGUGAGGCCAAAAUGACGAUCUGACGACGGGUGGAAAAGGGCGCGCGCGCCGAAAUGCCGAACGACGGAGCAAUAAUGUUAAAUCGUGUAAACGAUCGCGAGGCCGAUCAAUCGGUCGAUCGAUUCGCGCGCUCUCGGGAUACUGGCGAUCCGAGUAGUCACUCAGGUAGUCGUAACGAACUUGCGCGCGCAUCGACGUAGUCGCUCGCGAACAACGUAGAUCUGCUGCCCUACUGGGAUGAGGAAGAUACUAACGAUCGUUAUCGUGUAUCGAUAUGUUCCAACAUGGACCGUCGUAUCCAUCCGGUUCGACUGUUCGUCUCGCGCGUUUGAGGAAACGCGCGACGUCAGCGGCGACGGACUCUCGGCCGUAGAUGUAGGAAAUUACAAUUGAAAGUUCAUGUAGGACGCGUAGUUUGCCUUAGUGUCGACGAGCCACGAGCGAGCGGCGGCGGCGACUCGCCGCUCGCCAGGCCGCGAUAUCGAUGGUAGUGAAAAUACGUGCGAGUACGCGCGACACGCGUGUUGAAGCGAGGCGAAAAGUCCGACAUGCGUUUAAUGCGGUAAAACAACGAUUCGCCCGACGUUCCGUCGGGGAUCACGCCAUCGAAUUAUGCUCGCGCCGAGUAAACCUGAGUCGUCCGAGACCUGUGACACCGGCACAGGGCCGCGCGGUUUAUAACGAGGCGUCAAGGCGAGAGGAGGAGUAGCAUUAAUACGUGAAGCGUGCCCCAGUUUAACGAGGCCUGUGUGAGUAGUCUUAUUGUGAUAUUAAACUACCACUGUCUUACUUAGAUCUCUCCGAAUAUUAAGAAGGUAACGAUCGCUAAUGAUAAUUUCAACUUACUAUUAAUCAUUAUUUUCUUAUUAUCCUUAAUAAUCGCUACUACUAUCGCAAGAGCGGAUAUAGCCGCGUACGAGUAAAAAACGACGAAGCUACCGUUCUCGCUAAUGACAGAGCUAUAAUUAUAAUUACAUCACUUGUAACAAAACACUUGUAGGCAUGUACAGAUUUUCAUUACUCGGAAUCCGCGAACGGCAUGCUUGUGGUGUUUGCUUACCUAUACGGGUACGUCAAAAAGAAGAAGCUCGACGAAUUUUUGCCGAUGACUCUUUCGAUGGUUUCCCGUAAACGCGCCCAUUUACGUAUAUACUCUUCUGUUGUCACGCGUCCUAAUCGCCCAACACGACGCAACAUCGCACCUCCAUCACGCCGGAAUUGACCAUUGAUCACCUUCCCUCCUCGCGAGAUUCUCCACCGUCGCUUCGCUUUAUUACUUAUAUUUAUGCGUUACCCGUAGCUUUCCAGCGUAAAAUUAGCGAUUUGUGAUUUUUGACGCGUCCCAUUCGGAUCCACUAUCACGAGCAUCUCGCGAUAUGCAGAGGAUUUGACGAAAAAAUCAGAUACUAUUGUAUAGUAUUAUUAUAACGUUAGGCUACUUUUAGACGUGGUAAUUGUUCGAUGUGCCCGUACCCAUUUUCUAAACUUUCGCGAAAUGAACGUGAAACAUUCGAGCUCAUAAUGUCAUUCUAACAUUAGAAACGUGAGAUGCGCCGCUCCAUUAUCAUUGGCUGCUUUCGAGCUUCCAUUUCCAGAACGAUAUCUUCUUGUUUUGACAUGCUUCUCGAUUUAGAAAAUUCAUCAUACUCGUGCGCGAACACCGUUCUGCUAAAUUAUUAUUGUCAACGUUUAUCGUCACGGAGAUAUUUGAUGGCAUCGAUACUCGUCGUAAAUUACGAUCGAGAGAGACUGAAACGAAUCGUUAUCUUAUACUUCAAGUGCAUAAAUGCGUAAAGAAAUCGUUCCUAGCAGUCCGUGUUUCUUUUCAAAUCUAUGUGUCGCUUUACCAAUGUAAUUAUUAACGGGCGUUCAGUUCCUUUGUUGGUGCACUUGAGUUUCCGAGCAUCUCACGAUAAUGAUCGAAUAAAUGAAUAACAAAUUGGGUUGGUGCCGUCACGCAAAAUCUAUCUAGCCCGAGGGAAGUUCAGGGCAACCGACAAUUAUAUCGUACCAAUCGUAGCGGUAUCGCGCGACAUCAUCGGCCAAUAAACAGAGCGAGGGGCUAUUAACGUUAAGAGCUACACACAUAAAGUAAUUUCUAAUUCGUAUGGCGAGUAUAUACGCCCGAGCGAACGACUGACGAAGUAGCGUGCAGUUAUAUACAAUGCAAAACAUACACCAUGAAUAUCCCUCACGACUUUGUGCCGGUUUUCGUAAGUAGUAAUCGCUCUCGAGUAAUCGCGUCUAGAUGUUCAGCGAUUACCGUCAAUCACGAAAUCUCGGGGGGAGGGGGGAGGGGGUAAAAGGGGGAAGUACUUCGUUCGAUUACUUCGGGCAAAAGGAAACGAAUUUGACGUGCAUUGGUGUCUGUGAAGCGACGAUUUUUAGAGAAACGAGAUAUAUCAAAUUGUGUAUAUAAAGUAAAAGGUAAUGAGAGAAAGAGGUGUGACGACCGUGUGUGUGUGCGUGCCUGCGCGUGCGUGCGUGCGAGACGGAGACUUCAGCGGUCUCCGAGGAGCAAGAAAGAUAUGACAUAUAUGAUUAUACGCGCCUAUAUCUAUCGUAUAAAUACAAUAAAAACGGUUACACGCGUGACGCAGAAUCAUGCGGAGGCAGGGCGAGCUGUGUCUAGGAUACGUAGGGGAUUAAUUAAGCGAGAAAGGAGAGCGUUCGAGGAACACGCACGCGGCCCUGCCGUCGGCGGGUCCCCCUGAAAAUACCGUUCAAUAUUGUACAGUCUUAAAUUUUUAGUUGUGUUCACUAUAUAUAUAUAUCUAUAUAUAUUGUAUACAGCGGGAUCAAAUUAUAGUACAUGUAUAGACAAGAUGUAUUGUGUAAUCUGCGUAACGUGCAUCACCAUCACCAUCAAAUACAGAUCUAACACACAUCAUACAUACAUAUAUACACAUACAUACACAUUACAUCACGCACACACUCGGCGCGAGCCGCGUGUAAUGCAUACGUACGCCUAAAAAAACGUAAGAGAAGCGUGUUCGUGUAGCGAAGAGCGUCCUAAUAAUCGGUUUUGCUGGCGUCGGUUGGUUCCACCGGACCGGAGGGUCUUCGUCCGCUGAGUCUGCGAAGAGGGAACCAUUCAAGCUACGAUCAGGUUCAACCGACGUCGACGAAAUCAAAGUUAAACUGAAAGAGGGAAGGGAAAGCAAAGCGCAUUACGUUAACACCAUCCGUGGAACAGGGGAUUUGCGAGGGUGAUCCGCGAGUACGGGUGUGCCGUUCGACUGAAAGUUAGCUCGACUUUGCACCUGGUCAAUUCGUCAAUCGCGAAUGAAUGAAUAGUCGCCAUGCGCCAAGACUCGGGGAUGGUCUUCCCGCGCGGCGCUGGCGACGGAAAAGAGUGGCAGUCGCUUUUUCUAGUCCAGGAUGUAACGGGCGUGCUCCAAACGUACACACACAUCUCACUUGAACGCGAUGGAGAGAGGCAAAACGUGAGACGGGAGGAAAGCGAGACGGUGAGAGGGCGUGAAAGGGUGAUCUUCAGCGAAGGGAUGCUUCGCGCGGCGUAUAUCCGUUAGGUCAGUGUGUAAACUAAUUAACGAGUUUUAACGACGCGAUUUAGACGCUAUCGAAUUAAAUUAGUGUAACCGUGCGCGUAAGCCUUUUCUCCUCCCCCGCAGCGGAUCCUGCAACCGGUAAGGGAAUGAGAUUCUGAGGGUGUCUCGUUGCGGAGAGUCACCACCGCGACGGCCGUGCCUCGUAGAUCAUCUCAGUAGGACAAUCAUAGAUUUUACGCGUUUGUAUUAGACGCGCUAGUAAGUUUUGAUUAGAUGUUAGAUGUGAGCGAUCACGCACACGGUGAACGAGAGAGAAGGUGUUUCGUUCGAGCAACUCGUCAAAGACGGUACAAACUAUCUCGGACGGAGAAUCGUUUAAAUUAUUAGAUGCCGGCCACGCGCACGUUUCGCGGUUUACGAAGAUCGCUGCUCGUCGAAGUUCGCAAACGUGGAAGACGUAUUUGGUGUCGCGGAUCCGCGCGGAAAUGAGGAUAUUUAAGAGCAUGCGGAGGGGAGAGGGAGGAGAAACGUUUCCAAUAAGCAUGAGAGAAAGGGUUCAUAGAGUGAUUUGUAAUUCGGCGUUCAACUGCGGAUGUCUUGUUAUAAACGUGUAAGUGCGAGUUCGUCAAUUUCUGCCCAGACUUAACUAUAGCAAACGAGAGAAUUGCUAAAUAAUAAAUGAUUAUUAUAAUGACAUUAGAAUAUACAUGUAACGAUAUACGAUACUGAAGCAUCAUCAUCUUUUGUAUCAUUUGUUCGUUUGUUUUUAUCUUACUGCGUUUGUCUUUCAUUAUUAAUGCAAUACCAAGAUGACUCGGUUUCGACUCGGUAUCUUGUGUGUGUAAAUAUAUACUAAUAAAAAAUAUAUAUACGAAUAUAA